UUUUGGUUUGACCCAGAGGGAUGUUCACAUACCGCAGUCCGCAGUCUCGAGCUCCGCGUUUUCGCGACCACGUGCUUCAUUCCAUUUGAUUCAGCUUUGCCUGGUGGGAGUGUUUACACAUUUCGUUUCCUAAAUUCUGGGACCUGCACUCGUGUUUUCUCAUUUUGAACCACUGAUGUGCAAGGAACGCUUUUCCGCUAGUUUGCCCCGAGGCAAUUAGUUUGAAGCCUCGGUUUAGCCACGUGAUGAAAAGAUUACAUGAUGGCCCAUGUUUUCUCAGACGGUGCAAUGAAUGCCAGGACAUUCCAUACUGUACAAGAGGCAGCAGCCAAUGCCCUUGCUCUCAAUCGGGACUAUAGUCAAGUGGUCAUUGCUGGGAGGAGUGUGUUCAAAGUGUUCUCCAUUGAGGACGAAGCCUUUCAGGAAAAGGCCAAUCUACGGGUCUCAGAAAAGCGAUUUCUCAACCUCAAUUAUUCUUCAAUUGAUGUUGUAUGGAAUGCACUAGAUGGUAAGCUCACAACCCCUUUUAACUUCAUGGAUUUACCAGGGCAUGUUUAUUUACUGUUUUUUUUUCAUGUCAUGAUUGCAGACAAUAUCUUGGCCACAGCUGCCACAAAUGGUGCUGUGGUUCUGUGGAACUUGGGAAGGAGUUCUCGCUCAAAGCAAGAACAUGUUUUUAAUGACCAUAAAAGAACGGUAAAUAAGGUGAGCUUUCAUCCUUCAGAAGCUCAGUCAUUGUUGUCUGGUUCUCAGGAUGGGACCAUGAAGUUCUUUGAUCUGCGUAAGAAGGAAGCUGUGAUCACAUUUCAUAGCAAUGCGGAAAGUGUGCGUGAUGUGGAGUUUAACCCACACAAUCACUCAAAGUUUGCUGCUGUCUCUGAGAACGGAACAGUGGGAUUGUGGGAUCUGAGGAAGACGGAACGUGCAGAACGACAAUUCACAGCUCAUUCAGGACCUAUUUUCACUUGUGACUGGCAUCCUGAGAAUCGGAACUGGCUUGCUACAGCAGGGAGGGACAAAACUAUCAAGGCUGGUUUGGAAUGUAGAGCAGAGAGCCUCUUUAGAACAUACAGUUCAGACAAUAGCUUCUGUUGGUCGCAUCAAGUGGAGACCUGCAAGAAAGAUCAUACCUUAUAUCAACACGCGUUUCGAGAUGCUCAACGACCAGCUGAAAAAGCGAAGCCCAUGGCCUUGUCUAUGGGGGUCAGGGGUGAGAUCUGCUGGGCUAAGAAAAUCCCUCACCCAGAUGCAGAUCAGAGGGCUUCCCUAAACAGAUUCAACCCUUUUUUUAGACGAGCAAGUGGAUUCAAGGAUCAGUUUGUGGAAGCUAAGAGUGAGGUGUACAUGUAUCAGAUCAUGGAGCCUCUCCUUUCUCAGAGAUACCUAGCAGACAUUGCUAAAGGUUACAUCUUGAGUGGAAAAUCAUUUACGGAGAUCUGUGAGCACAAUGCUGCUGUGGCUCGACAUGCCAAGAGAGAACAGGUAUCAAUGACAUGGCACAUAGUGCGUCAUCUGUAUGCAAGCCCAACAAGCGAGUCAUCCAAGGGUCUUCUGUCUUUGCCCUUUGUGGGCAGUGGGAGUGGGGGAGGAAGGAUAGGGGAAGGUGUUAUGGGAACUGGAGCUGGGAGAGUUGGGGAUGUUGGAGGAGAUGAGGAUCGAGGAGACAGUCGCCAUCAUUCAGGGGAGAAAGGUUCUGAUGCAGGUGGUCUGCCCCCAGGUGCUAUUUUCACCCAGGUCUCUGAGGACCUGGACUCUGAUGUCAAUGCUACAGAUGAUGGGGACAUAAUUGAGAAGAACCUCUUCAAUAUGCCUGGUGGAGGGUUUGGAGGUGGGUUGAUGUCAGACAAUCUGUUUUGUGAUGUGGAGGACCCCAUGGUCACAACUCCAAGUGCUGAACGGACCAAUUCAUUUUCCUUGACUUCUUUGGAUGUCCCCCAUGAAGAAGACUGGACUCUGCCAUCAGAAGCUUUUCAGCCAAGACAUGAGAUCCAAGACCGAUCUCCUCCUCCUGAGGAAUUCUCUUCUACCCAUGCUGAGAUCCAGGAUGCUGAGGUUGAGAGCUCAAGUGGCAGUAACAUCCUGGAGGCAAAUGAUAUCCUCAGCUUGCCAGGGUCUGGCACGCAAUCAGCUCCUUCUUGGGAUUUCUCUCCACUUGUGAUUGAAUGCCUCCAUUUCUAUGCUGAGUUGGGAGAUGUCCAGACAGCUGUCUCUCUCCUCCUUGUCCUUGGAGAUCGUGUUCGAAAUGCCAUUCCAAAAAAUGUCCAGGAGAGUUGGUGUGAAGGAUACCUGGAGAUCCUUUCAAGGUUGCGACUCUUCAAUGUGGCCACUCAGGUCAUUGAACUCUGCACUCUUCCUUCCAUCCACAGUCUUAACCAUCAGAGCACUGUAUAUCACACCAAGUGUCCACAAUGUGAUCACCUUUUGGUGAGAAGUGGUUGGGCCUGUGACCGUUGUCGACAGCUGACCAACACUUGUAGUGUGUGUCAUCAGGUGGUCAGAGGACUAUAUGUUUGGUGCCAGGGAUGUGGUCAUGGUGGUCAUAUGACACACCUCAAAGAUUGGUUCUCACAGAAUACUACCUGUCCCACUGGAUGCCAGCAUCUCUGUAGUUUCUGACCUUUAUUGAAUGUAUGAUAGAUGGGCAGUGUUGCUUCCUCCUAUUCAUUCAUCAGCAAGGAUUGGUCAAUAUAUUCUGAGAUCUCAAACUUCUUUCAUAUUAGAGGAAUGAAAAAUUAUUGCAUUUUCCUGUAUUGUUAGUACUCGCUUAAUAUACACCAGCUAAUCCUGCUUUCUUCAUUACAGAAAUGAGUGGUUCAUGAUAUAUUGUCUUAAUGUUAUUUUAAAAUGGCAGUACAGGUAAAGAACAGGUCUGCUAUAUUAUAAAAUUCCCUGUGUUGCUUGGAAAAACAGGUCAUGAGGUUCAUUCAGACUUUGUGAGAGUGAUGGGAGAGAAUGUUUUCAUUGCACACUGAAUUUUAUAACUCUGAAGACCUGUUCUUUAUCACACUUUACUUCCAUUUUCAUUGGUGUGAAGACACUGUACAAUAACCACUUAUUAUUUUAAACAGAAGGGCAGAAUUAGUUGGAGCACUUUAAUAAAUCUCUUUAAAUGUACACAAAAUAGUGGUUAUUGCAAAAUUUCUUCAUUCUGAUAUGCAAGGAAUUCAUGAAGGGGGACCUGGUCUCAGAACUUCUUAACUCUCAUGUCUCCUGGUAAACUCUCUUGCAGGCUGCAGGUGUUGAGGAUGAACAAUAAGCAGCUUUCAUCAUUUCCCAUCUGUGAUAUGAAAGUCUAUUAAUGUAAGCUAGCUUGAAGUAAGCAAUGCUUCAAGCUGUUUACUGAAAAUAUAGACUUGUACCUAGGCAAAGCUCUACUGAUUAAACUGCAUUUCUGAAGUUUUAAUGAGCAUCAUUCAUCAUGUAUGUUAACCUUCUGUGCCAAAGCAUAAUAAUUAUGCAAUAUUAUCCUGCAUUUUGCAAUGUCCUGAUUUAAACAAGGUGCACAAAACUGUUAGUAUAACCAAAUAUUUUUCCUUUCCUUAGUUGAAUUCCUGUCCAGAAAAAAAGUUGAGGGCUUCUCUUUCUCUAUAACUGGUGUCCUCAUUCAAGUGCUGUAUUUUUUUUAAGUGAACCCCCAUUCUGUCUCUGAUGAUUGUGCUGGCAUCCUGCUUGUUCAUCCUUGUUCUUGUGCACUUUUAAAUGAAUUAACUUUCUUUCCUAUCACACCAGCAUACUGGUACACCUAGUCUAGAAAUGACCAUUCAGAUUUACAUGUCAUGCAAGUACAUUUCAAGAUCUGGGAAGUUUUAAUUGCCAGCGAAAUGCACAAUACUUGUGUUCAAUUUUCUCAAGAAGUUUUGCUUUUAUAGUCCUGGUCUCAUCAGUGCUUUUCCUCAAC